CGCAGUCGUCGUCGCCAAACCCCGAUUACCAUCAUCUCACUCGUUUCUUCUUCGUUUUGUUCGUCUUUCAUCUGCCAGUUUGUUUUGUUCUUAAGCAUCAUGUAUUCAUCCUCCAACUCGUUCCUGGGCGGUUCAAAUAGUGCCCGCCCUGGCGCUGGCUUUGGACAGCAACAGUCGUUUGGCUCCUUCAAUCAAGCUCCUCAACAGCCGUCGCCUUUCGCUCCCCAGCCCACCGGCUACCCUGGCCAACUGCAGUCACAGCAGACCGGCUUUCCAGGGCUAGGGCAGCAGCAGAGCUUUCAAGCUCCGACACAGCAACCGCAGUACACAGGUUAUCCUGGACAGAACCAAGGCCAGCAACCUCAAUUCCCGCAAGCGCCGCCGCAGCCUCCUCCUUUCCAGCAGCAGCCCUCGUUCCAAAAUGCUCCUGUACCUCAACAGCAGCAGCAACAACAACCUCAUCCGCCAGCUCCGAUCCGUCCCCAGCAGACUUCUACCCAGAUUGCACAGUCCUUCAACCCGGGACCUUCGAGUGCAGCUCCAUCAAACAGGGGUGCGAGCAAGAGUUCGAGCAGGAUUCCAAACAUAAGGCUGUCGUUCAUCACUGCUACGGAUCAGGCGAAAUUUGAGCAGCUAUUUAAAUCAGCUGUUGGCGACGAUCAGGCAUUGAGCGGAGAAAAGGCCAGGGAUUUACUUCUGAGAUCUAAACUGCCAGGAAGUGCACUGUCACAGAUAUGGAUAUUGUCGGAUACGACAAAAUCAGGGCAGCUGUUGUUCCCAGAAUUUGCCCUGGCGAUGUAUUUGUGCAAUCUCAAAUUGACAGGCAAAGACUUGCCUUCUGCGCUGCCCGAGAAGAUGAUGAACGAGGUGUCCAGCAUGGUGGAUAUCAUCUCCUUUGGCGUUCCUGAUGAUAAGCCCCUGCCUCCGCCUCGUCAGAAUGUACCAGACUUCGAUGCUCCCAUCAGGCAGAAUGCAAUGUCUCCACCUGCUCCUCAAGCUCCACGACCACAACAGGCGUCUAACCAGCAACUGUUGUCGCAGCUUACUUCUCAGCCAACUGGUUUCUACAAUCAGGCGACAGGCUUUCAACCUGGGCUUCAAGCGCAACCCACUGGUUUCCCAGGCCAGCAGCCAGGUCUUCAACCCCAGGCCUCCGGAUUCCCAGGAGCAACUGGAUACACUGGCCCACGACCACCCAUGCCACCCAUGCCGACGGGGUUUGCAAACAAUAUGUCGCCUCAGCAAACAGGUCCUUUGCAAGCUCAACCCACUGGCUUGCCAGGCCAAUGGGGCUUUGUGAAUGCGCCAGCUACGGGACUUCCGAACAUUGAAGCUUUGCGCCAACAGUUGAUGCCUCAAACUGGCCGUGAGGGUGGGUUUACCACGCAAGGGUUGGCAGGCUCGGCUAAAAUUCCUUGGGCUGUCACGAAGGACGAGAAGCGCAUAUAUGAUGAUCUUUUCCGUGCUUGGGACGGUUUGGGUAGAGGCUACAUUUCAGGAGAUGUUGCUAUUGAAAUCAUGGGCCAAAGCGGUCUCGAAAGAGGGGACUUGGAAAGCAUUUGGACCUUGUCUGACCCCAACAACAAAGGCAGGCUUAAUAUGGACGAAUUUGCAGUGGCAAUGCACUUGAUAUACCGCAAGUUGAAUGGAUAUCCUGUCCCCAACCGGCUCCCACCAGAAUUGGUUCCGCCUUCAACGAGGAACUUCAAUAAUUCCAUCGACACCGUCAAGUCUCUGCUCUCGCAGGAUGCUGAAACCAGGAAACAAACAGGUGCAUUCUUGCAGCCGCAGAAGACAGGGGUCAGUUAUCUAAAAAAUCACUCUUUCCGUGCGGGAUCAGCAUCUCCAAGUUUCGGACGGAAAGAUGCAACUGUGUUCCGCAACAAUGAUGAUGAUAUCGGAUAUCGUUCCAGUGCGAGACGCCGCCUUGGCGCGGGUGGCAGGACUCCCUCACCUGCUCAGUCCUCUGAUGUCUCUGAGAGCGCCUACGACGAUCUGACACCAGAUCAGAUCAGGAAGAAGAUUCGAGAGAAGAAGAUUCUUUUAGACGCGACAGACUUUCAAGAUGAACGUCAGGCCGAUGAUGAUGAUGUCCUGGACCGCCGGGAUAGAAGAGAGGCCGAGGAGCUUUUCAAGCAGAUUCGCCGUAUUCAGGAUGAUAUCGAUACCCACCCGAAUUCUGGAUUUGGUGGUUCAGACACUGGUGCUGAAAGAAGAUCUAUGCGGAGAGAACUACAGAGAUAUCAGGAUCGCCUCCCAGCACUUGCUUCAGAUGUUCGAAAGAUCGAGAAGAGUAUCGCAGAGGCGAGGUUACAGUUGUUCCGUCUGAAGGAUGCCAAGGCUCACCCAAAUAGCACCUCCACAAUCGUCGGCACAGGCCCUGGUGGUACAGUCACUGAGGCUGAUCGUAUCAAAGCCAGAGCAAGAGCCCGUAUGCAGGCUCGAGCAGCAGAGCUAGCAGGACGACCUGCUCCAGCUACAGAUGAUGAAAGCGGCGCCCAGAGACGCUUGGAACAAGAAACCUCAAAAGUCAAAUCCGAGCAAGAACGACAUGAAACUAUGACCCGUGAUGUUGAAGACAGCGUCAAAGACUUUGUUUCCAGCCUAGAGGAUGGUCUUCGCGUUGAGGGUGAGAAUACUACCCAGGAACAUGAACGGAGACGAUGGGAAGAAGCUUUGGGUGUGGAGGACGAAGUCAAAGAACUCAUCUAUGACUUGCAAAGGAGUAGCAGGACAGCCAAAGUCCGCAAGGAAGAGCAAACACGCCCUGCUCCUCGAGCUUCUACGGAGUAUGGACGUGACGAACCGAGACACACCAAUGGUGAUCUGCCAAGUCGUCCCGCUCCUUCAACCACCACUUCAUCUUCGUCUUUGACUGCUGGCACGUCACCUCAAGACCGUGUGGCUGCAGCCAAAGAGAAAGCUUUGAAGCGUAUUCAGGAACGCAUGGCUGCAGCAGGUAUCAAGCCCGCUGGGGAGUCUGGAGAGACACUACAACAACGCCAAGAGCGCGAGAAACAGGAACGAGCAGAGCGUAUACGCAAAGCAGAAGCAGAAGAUGCUAAACGUGAACAAGAGAGGCAGCAAAGACUGGCAAACGAGGGUGUCGUACCACCUCCCAGUCCUAAAUCUGCGAAGAAGCCUCCUCCACCACCGACUCGAAAGCAGCGCCAGGAGAGCUACGAUCUCUCGGACCGAAAAGCCCAAGAGGCAGCAGCGAAAGCUAGGGCCGAGGAAGAAGCAGCCGCCCAGAUCAGGGCAGAACAAGAGGCACAGGGGCGAGAGCGCAAGAAAUUAGAGGCGCAAGCCAAAGAACAGGAAAACGACUUGGAAAAGGAACGUCAAGCUGCUCAAGACCGUUUGCGUGCCUUGGAGGAGCAAGUCAAAGCCGGCAAGAUCAAGAAGCAAGAAGAGAAAGCACGUAAAAAGGCAGCCGAGAAAGAAGCCAAAGAGAAAGAGGUGAAGCUUGCUGCGCAGCGAGCUGAACUUGAAGCCGCUAGAGAGAGGGAACGACAGCUUCAAUUGCAGCUCGAGAAUCUGGGUGACUCUUCUUCCGAUGACGACGACGAGCCGGAGCAGAUCACGCCACAGGAGAGCACCCCGGCGACGAGUCAAGUACUUACAAGCUCGAUCUCAUCACCUCCGCCUGUGGCAGCUCCUCCACCGGCGCCGUCGACGAGCAGUGGCUAUGAUGCCACUCCUCUUUCCAGCCCUCCAGCGGAAGAGUCUAGAAAUCCUUAUUUCAGGAAACUCUCCCAGCGAUCAGAAGAUGCAAGACCUGCCUUCUCACCACCAGCUGUCCCCCAGAGCCAGCAGUUCUCGCCCCCGUCUGCCGCGCCGCCUCCAGCUCCCGCCACAGACCUUCCAUCUACCAAUCCCUUCCACCGGAUUGCUCAACAAGAGGCUGUCAAGCCAUUGACGCCUACAUUUACUGGUGCUCAAUCAAGGCGUCGUCCAGAAGAGGACGAAUGGUCAGCCGCUGGAUCUGACAAGGAUGAUGACAGCGACAACGAAGAUGAUCCACCAGCCGCUGGGUCAGCCAAACAUCUUGCAUCCAUUUUGUUUGGCACGAUGGCACCACCACGGCCACUUUCAGCUAUGGACAGCAAAGACAGCAAACCUGAUACACCUGUCCAGGAGCCUCCACCUGUUCCAGGUGCCUUUGAUGCUCCUCCCCCUCCUCCUCCUCCACCAAUGCCAGAUAGUGGUGCACCGUCAGCACCUCCUCCACCACCACCAAUGCCUAGCUCUGGGGCACCAAGUGCUCCUCCUCCGCCUCCUCCGAUCCCCAGCGCUGGCGCACCUGACAGUGCACCUCCACCGCCACCAAUGCCUGCGCCGUCCCGCGCCGGAACUGGAGAUAUCGGAGCUCUUCUAGGCGAGAUUCAAAAGGGAAAAGGACUGAAGCAUACCGAAACCAAGGACCGAAGUGCCAGUUCUGUGGCUGGAAGGGUACUGGGUUAGGCAUGGGAAGACAGGAUUAUGAGCAAGCAUGGUGCGUGGAGUGGUGAUGUAGAAAUGUUUGAUAGGAUUUGGUAAACAAUUUUCCUUUGUCCUUAACAAUA